UUUAAUUCUUCUCUAAUUUUCACAUGUACACAAACACUGACAAGCUAGUAAUAGCUACAUAUAUAUAUAUAGGACAUUCAAAUUGUUUGUAAACAUUAUUAAUCCCAACAACUAAUUGAUAAUUAAACCCCGGCCAGCCGGCCACUAAAAAAUUAAAUGAGUAGUGCAAAUUAUAAUCCGCCUGGCAGUAGUACUAGUAGUGGUGGUGGUCCAUGUGGUGCUUGCAAGUUCUUAAGAAGAAAGUGUGUCCAAGGCUGCAUCUUCGCACCAUAUUUUGAUUCUGAACAAGGUGCCACCCGUUUCGCGGCGGUGCAUAAAGUGUUUGGAGCCAGUAAUGUCUCCAAACUUCUUCUACACAUUCCAGUUCACAAGAGGCUCGAUGCAGUGGUCAGCAUUUGUUAUGAAGCUCAAGCUAGGCUUCGAGACCCUGUUUACGGCUGUGUUGCUCAUCUCUUUUCCCUUCAACAACAGGUGGCCAGUUUACAAACCGAGCUCUCUUACCUUCAAGCACAUCUAGCAACUCUGGAAGUUCCGCUACCUCCGCCACCACAACUGCCACCUGCACCCGCCGGAUUUUCCAUUGGCAACCUCCCGAUCACCUCAUCAUGUUCUUCGAUGACCUAUGAUUUGUCGGUACUUUUUGAUCCAACUCUGCAAGCUUCAUCUACAUGGUCCAUGCACGGAUCAGCAACAGAUGUACUUGACGCUCACAAUCAUUUCAGCCCCGUUGGCACCACAAGUGCACAACAACGUGGCGAUAGUGGCAAUGUAGGCGAUCUUCUUGAGCUUGCCAAAGAGCUUUCACAAAGACAGAGUAGUGGGACUUCAGAAGUUUCAACCUUGCCACCACAGUGUAGUAGAUGAAAAUGUAAAAUGCAUGGAUGGAUGAAAGAGUUUGACUUUUUAAACUGACUUUAUCAGUUGCCCAAAGGAUC